AUGGAGGGGGAUGCCUUAACACUGGCGUUUAACGAAAGUUGGUUACUUAGAACUUACGUAAAUAAUUCAAGCGUUAGUAACGCUAGUAACGCCAGCGGUGCAUACGGAUGGCGAUAUAUAACGCCACUUUACAUUAUCGUAUUCUUGUUGUCGACAUUGGGCAACUGCCUCGUUAUCGCAACUCUAAUAAGCAAUCAAAAGAUGAUGAAUGUCCUUAACGUGUAUAUACUUAACUUGACAAUAUCUGAUUUUAUGCUGGGCGUAUUCUGUAUACCUUUUACUCUAAUUGGUCAAAUAUAUAAACAAUUUCUAUUCGGAGCAGCUCUAUGUAAACUGAUUCCUUUCCUACAAGCCGUUUCAGUUUCAGUUGACGUCUGGACAUUAGUUGCAAUAUCUCUGGAGAGAUAUUUUGCCAUUUGCAAACCACUGAAAUCUAGAAAGUGGCAGACUCAGUGCCACGCUUACAAAAUGAUCGGAAUAGUGUGGGUGCUCUCAUUGGUGUUUAACUCGCCCAUUGCGAUUGUGUCAACCUUACAACCUAUGGGAGAAAAUAGAUACAAGUGCAGAGAGGAAUGGACUAGUCUAGAACUAAAUAUAGCGUUUACUUUGAGCUCAGAUGCUUUCUUGAUGCUUAUACCGUUUUUUAUUAUGUCUAUCGCCUACUAUUUAAUUGUGACUAAGUUAUGGAGUGGAAUGCGCAAUGAAAUCAAGCAUAACCUAAAGUGGCACAAAAAUUUGACAAUGGAAGAAUCAUGUACUCGUGAGGACAAUCAUCAUUUAGAACAAACGCAAACAUCAAAGGGAAACACUUCAGUGUUACAUCAAUACAGCUCGAGUUCGGAGAAAUCGAACGAGGAGAAAGAAGAAGCUACAGAGUUCGACAAGAAGGCAGAAACGAUUUGUGUGCACACGAAUCUAGAAUCUGGUCACGUGGUGCGUUCUAGUCACAUAGAAAAAAGUAUAAAAACUAAACGCAAGGUGAUAAAAAUGCUUUUUGUUGUAAUACUUGUAUUUUUUGUUUGUUGGACGCCAUUGCACAUCGUUAAUACGGUAUACUUGUUUUAUCCAUAUCAAUUAUAUGCAAACAUAGGAACUAAAGGAAUAUUAAUGCUACAACUUUUAGCUUUUUGUUCAUCAUGUUGCAAUCCAGUAAUCUAUUGCUUUAUGAAUAAAAAGUUCAUGCAAGCAUUUAUUGGCUUACUAAAAUCUUGUAAGUUAUUAAGGCGCUGUUUACCUGAUAAGCGCGAGCCUAGUAAGCAAGCAACGCCGCCACCAUCAAACAAACAUGUCACUACUUGUAAAGUAAAGGGAAGCCAAACUGGACGCACAGAGCUAAUUUGUCCGGAAGGGGAAAAGUGUGUUCAGCAGUGGUUCACGAAAUAUCGGGCAGAGCAGCGGCAUUCACCCGGCACUGUUGGCCCCAGCCACCUCGCGUUAGGUACUACAAGUUGA